GCGCGCAAUAUCGAGCGCUCUGGGGUGCAUUUCUCGGUGCACGCGGCCUACGUCGAGUGGUGUAGCAAGGCGCGACAGCUGUCGACGGCCGCGACGAGUGAAGGCCAGGUGUUGCGCGACAAGAUUGCCAAGCACGUGUGCCAACACCAGGGCAAGAAUACCGACCAUGGCAUCGAGCUGGGUUACUGCUACAACGGCUCGCCCGUCAUUGUCGGCGCCAGCAGCCAUGAUGACGACGACGACAAGGAGCCCGUGUGGGAGCCCGCGAGACACGUGCCGUCGACGUGGCCUGGCGCGCGCGCUCCCAGUGUGUUUCUGGCCAAUGGUCAGCAUAGCAUCUUCGAUCUCUUUGGCACCGGCCCCGAGUACACGCUGGUGGAUAUGAGUGCGGCGGGCGGGUACGCGCAGGCAUUUGCAGCCGCCGCCUCCCGGGCAAAGGUGCCACUACAAACGCUGCAUCUGCCCGACGAGCCCCAUCUGCGCCGUGUGUGGGAGCGCGACGCUGUCCUGGUGCACGCAGACGCUAUACUCGCUAUAGCCACCGGCAGGCAAACUGCUACUACUAUUACGGCUGCCACCAUCGCCGUCAAACCAAGUGUCGGCGCCCACCGCCACUUCACCAGUACCGUAGGUGCCCAAGUCCACGAAGCUGUCGAGGGCUUGGCCGACUUCCAGCAAUAA